AUGGUUGAACGCGUUGAUGAUAUGAAGCCAAACCAGAAAUCCCUUCUUUUCAUACUUCAAGUGACACUCAUCAUAGAAUCCAUAUGUCAUUGUGGUGUUGUAGUCCUCGUGGUUUCCACGACACAAGAAGAGAUGUUCUGGAUAGAGACAGUGUUUCAUACCACAUUGAAGAGAAAAACCACGUUAAUUAAGAAAGAUAGUACACGAAUAAAUAAAUAUGAAUGUUCUUCUUUAUGCGCUUCCCAACUCCAUGAUGUACGCCAACAACGUCUUGACUCCCUCCACAUAAUUCCAUUUGUUGUUCUUCUCAUUCUGCGAGUGAGCCAUAUCAUCAGCAGCGCCAAGUGGCAAAAGAAGAACACUCUUUCCGGUGAGCUCUUGGAAUGUCAAUGUGAUUGGAAUAGAGCAUCCCUCACGAAUUCUAUCCGGCUCAACUCCGUGAACUCUCUUCAUCGCGCGGGCUCCCGCCAAGAAGUUCGAGUCAUUGACGUCGACAACCCAUGGCUUUGCACUGUGACCUGGACGUGGCUUGAAGAUGUUCGGCGAUCCACGUUCCGCCCAAACUUUGUUGAGAUAUUCGACUGUACGACGAUUGACUUCCUCUGGGUCCAUAUCUGGCACAAUACGAAUCGAGAACUUUCCGAUGACUUUCGAUGGGAUGACAGUCUUCUCUCCAGGUCCGUAGAAGGCUCCUUCAAUCCCGUGGAAAGCGAGAGAAGGCUCACGCCAUCUACGGAGCAACAACGUCUUCUUGUCUUCGGUGGGGAGAUGGGCGGCUCCGACGCUGUCUCUGAAUUCAGCGACGUCGAAUUCGAUGUCAUCGUAAGUCUUUUCUUCGGCUGCGGAGAGUGGAGCGACUUGAUCGUAGAGUCCUGGAAAUAUAUGAUUGUUUGA